GACAGAACUCUGGGUCUCCUUCUCCAGCCCCAAGCUGCCCCUCUUCCAGUCUAAUGUAAACUCUUCCCCUCCUAGAAUGUAAACGAAAGGCUUGUCUGUUUUGUUCUUCGGCCCAUCCCAAGCCUAGCAAAGCGUCUGCGUUGAGGUAGGUGUUCAAAUCCAAGCGUGGAGUGAAUGAGGGAUGAAUCCACCGGAGAGCCAGCGGCUCAAGUGCGUGUGCGUGAGCGUCUCACGGGACCUGGAGAGGACAGCGGGCUGGAGUGACCCCCCAGGGGAGGAUUAUCAGUGGGGGACCCAGAAGACAGCCCAUGGGGGCCCCUGGGAGGACAGCGGGCGAGGGAGGGGGUCCCUGCCAGGCCCGGGCGGCCGGGGGCGGUCCCGGGCUCCCCUCCGUCCCGCCUCCAGGCCCCAGGCCCCGGCUGGCCGACGUGGCGUUGGCGGCGCUGAGAGCGGGCGGGCGGUGCAGGAGGGGGCGGGCCUGAAAGUUUGUCCCGCGGCGGCGGCGUUGGGGACUCCGGCCCGGGGGAUGCGCCCCCAGCACGCCGCGGAGUCCCGGUCGCCAUGGGUCGUCCCCCACCUGUCCUGACCUUGUGUGCCUCUGUGUCUUUGCUGGGCGGCCUGACCUUUGGUUAUGAACUGGCAGUCAUAUCAGGUGCCCUCCUGCCACUGCAGCUUGACUUCGGGCUAAGCUGCUUGGAGCAGGAGCUCCUGGUCGGCAGCCUGCUCCUGGGGGCUCUCCUUGCCUCCCUGGUCGGGGGCUUCCUCAUUGACUGCUAUGGCAGGAAACAAGCCAUCCUUGGGAGCAACUUGGUGCUGCUGGCAGGCAGCCUGAGCCUGGGCCUGGCUGGUUCCCUGGCCUGGCUGGUCCUGGGCCGCUCUGUGGUUGGCUUCGCCAUCUCCCUCUCCUCCAUGGCCUGCUGUAUCUACGUGUCAGAGCUGGUGGGGCCACGGCAGCGGGGAGUGCUGGUGUCCCUCUAUGAGGCAGGCAUCACCGUGGGCAUCCUGCUCUCCUAUGCCCUCAACUAUGCACUGGCCGGUGCCCCCUGGGGAUGGAGGCACAUGUUCGGCUGGGCCACUGCCCCUGCUGCCCUGCAGUCCCUCAGCCUCCUUUUCCUCCCAGCCGAUGCCGAUGAGACUGCAGCACACAAGGACCUCAUCCCACUCCAGGGAGGUGAGGCCCCCAAGCUGGGCCUGGGAAGGUCACAGUACUCCUUUCUGGACCUCUUCAGGACACGGGAUAACAUGCGAGGCCGGACCACAGUGGGCCUGGGGCUGGUGCUCUUCCAGCAACUAACAGGGCAGCCCAACGUGCUGUCCUAUGCCUCCACCAUCUUCCUGUCUGUUGGCUUCCAUGGGGGAUCUUCAGCCGUGCUGGCCUCCGUGGGGCUUGGUGCAGUGAAGGUGGCAGCUACCCUGAUCGCCAUGGGGCUGGUGGACCGUGCAGGCCGCAGGGCUCUGUUGCUAGCUGGCUGUGCCCUCAUGGCCCUGUCGGUCAGCGGUAUAGGCCUUGUCAGCUUUGCUGUGCCCAUGGACUCAGGCCCCAGCUGCCUGGCUGUGCCCAAUGCCACCGGGCAGACAAGCUUCCCUGGAGACCCUCAUCUGCUGCAAGGCUCCUCUCUACCUCCCAUGCCAAGGACCAAUGAGGACCAAAGGGAGCCAAUCUUGUUCGCUGCUAAGAAAACCAAGCCCCAUCCCAGAUCUGGAGCAGCCCCUCCUCAGCCGGCCCUGAGCUCUGCCCUCCCUGGACCCCCUCUGCCCGCCCCGGGGCAUGCACUGCUGCGCUGGACCGCAUUGCUCUGCCUGAUGGUCUUUGUCAGUGCCUUCUCCUUUGGGUUUGGGCCAGUGACCUGGCUUGUCCUCAGCGAGAUCUACCCUGUGGAGAUACGAGGAAGAGCCUUCGCCUUCUGUAACAGCUUCAACUGGGCGGCCAACCUCUUGAUCAGCCUCUCCUUCCUCGAUCUCAUUGGCACCAUCGGCUUGUCCUGGACCUUUCUGCUCUACGGACUGACCGCUGUCCUCGGCCUGGGCUUCAUCUAUGUAUUUGUUCCUGAAACAAAAGGCCAGUCGUUGGCGGAGAUAGACCAGCAGUUCCAAAAGAGACGGUUUGCCCUGAGCUUUGGCCACAGGCAGAACUCCACUGGCAUCCAGUACAGCCGCAUCGAGGUCUCUGCGGCCUCCUGAGGAAUCUGUCUUCCUGGAAAUUCUGGAACCAUGGCUUUGGCAACCAUCUCCAGCGUCCUGCUUCCUAGCCCCCAGAGCGCAAGUUCCAGCUUGUCAUUUGGGAGUGCCCCCUACCCCAAAGGAGGUCUUUUUUUUUUUUUUUUUUUUCCUGGGGCAAAAACGAUUAAAGUCUGAGAGUACCCAACUCUUCAUUUUGAGUCUCAGGCCCUAAGGGUUUCUGAAGAUCUAGCUUUGUUCCUCAGUUUCCCCAUUGACUUGCACAUCUCUGCAGUAUUUAUAAUAAGAAUAUUUUAUGGAGUCUUUGUUGCACCGUGGACUUUCUCAAAGAAUCUCAAGGGUAUCAAUCCUGCCAGAAGUCUCUCCUGAUAUCACCUCUAAAUCCAAAUGAGAAUAUCUUCUCUAAUCUCUUUUUUCAACUGGUUGGGACAUUCUGGGGUGGGGGAAGUCUCUUUUUUGACUCUUCAUUUUUUCUCGAGACAGAGUCUCACUGUGUUGCUGAGGCUGGAGUACACUGGCAUGAUCUCAGCUCACUGCAAUCUCUGCCUCCUGGGUUCAAGCAAUUCUUGUGCCUCAGCCUCCCAAGCAGCUAGGACUACAGGCACAUGCCACCAUGCCUGCCUAACUUUUUGUAUUUUUAGUAGAAAUGGGGUUUUGCCGUGUUGGCCAGGCUAGUCUCAAAAUCCUGGCCUCAAGUGAUUCACCGGCCUCAGCCUCCCAAAGUGCUGGGAUUACAGGCCUUUUGACUCUUUUAUCUGAGUUUUAUUCAGCUCCUCUUAUUCUCUUACCCAGAAUAUUUAUCCUUUGCCAGCAACUCUGCCUGGUUGAUAGGAGGCCUCAGCUCUAGUCCUUGGUCAGCUGGUGUCGUUGCUGUAUGAAUGACCAAGGGCCUCAGUUUGCCCUCAUGUACAAUGGGAAUUUUGGACCAGGUCAUUUUUAAGAUUUAUUUCCGCCCCAGUGAACUGGAAUUCUGAAUGCUGGUCCAGGAGCUGUCUCCAGGAUGGUGCAGGAUGGCUCUGCAGAAAGGAGACUGGUUUGGAGGCCAACAAACCUGCCUGACAAUAUUGCCUUUGCCUCUCAGCAGACCUCGAACUUGGGAAAAUAAUAACUCCCUCAACCCUCCGUUUCCUCAUCUGCAGAAUGGGGACAAUUAUGUCCCAGGGGUAUAUUUAGAUCCUAUUUCCCUUCAGGGAAUAUUUUUACUCAUCCUUCAUUACCCAGAUCCCUCCUUUGGACCCUGUAAAGGGUCAGGGUGAAUCAGAUGGGGGACUGAGCAAGUAGCUAAAACCAGAGAUCACUUAAGGAAGGGAUUGCCAAGAAGCUCCCCGAUGCUGGGGAGAAUGAAGAGCUAACACAGGUGCUGGAUGAUUGUCAUCCAUCCCUGCACACGUGGGUGCUGGCUGAGCCCCCAAGGACCCUGGCCCCUUGAGUGCUCCUAUCUUCUCCGUUCUAGAUGCUUCUCCCUUGUAUCCAGUGGUGCGCUGGAGCUGGCUUUGCUGGCUUGUGAAAGCUGAUUGCUACAUUUUCAGGAUGUUUGCAAGUUGUUAAACAGUCGUGAUUUUAAAAAUCAAAUGAUUUAAAUUUAUAAUUAUAUUAAAACAAAAAUAGUUAUACUCAAAAUUCAUCGCCUAGUUUUACUACAUUUUACUAUCAUCUGUGCCCUUCAGGCUAUUUAUAUAUAGUAACUCUUACAGAGACCUAGAGGAGAUACCACACGUCUCUCCCUGAUUCUCCCCUCAGUGACAUCACGUUAGUCUUUGGUUGAAAUACCUUCUAGCUCAUUUAAGCCACUGCUAUUUUAUGUGUCUGUUACUUGCAGCCAAACAGCCUGCCCAAUACCGAAGGCCACUACCAAAAUUACAGACUUGUCCAUCAUCUCUGCCCUAUCCUCCUUCCUUCUACCUCAGGACUGUCGCCUUACCUGGACCGCUGGGGAGAUGCCAUCCCCACAUUACACCUUGGUGAGCUUCCCUGUCUCCUGAAAUCACCGACCUCACUUUCCAUUGGACCCUUCCAAGUCCCUUGUUAAUUUCCUCCAUGAUACUUAUUUCGCCUUCUAAUUAUGUUGAGUGUCUGUGUACUAGGAUUCAAAUUAAAAUUCUUCCGUCUCUCCUGUCUAUCCUUUUUCUCCAUCCAAUCCGCCUUUCCAAAAAUAGUUUGAUUGGGAAUGAGGAUUUGAACCAGGAAUUCUCUGUUUAUUCGCCCCAACAAAUUCGACCUCUACCUCCUGUUCGUCAGCAGGUUGACUUGUUUGGGCUCCAUCAGUGGGCUGCUCCAUGCUCAGCUUCUGGUUGGGUUAGGAGUCCUGGCGUUUGGUAGUAGGCAGGGAGAAGAAUGAGUAGGACUAUUUCUCCUGCGGAUCCCUCCCUAGCUUACAGCUCUUUUCGCCUUUCUCUCCAGGUUCAUGUAAUUUCUACCCGCUUUGUCCCAGCAAGUUUGAUGGUGGUAACCCUCUCUCAGUUACUCAUCCUGGGGCACUGCACCGUGCCCUGCGAUUUCCCUACAUCCUGCCUUCAACUUGGAAAAUAGAUCCUUUAUUAAACUUUGAGUUAUCCAGUUUGAGCAUGCCCAGGGAUAUGAUUAAGAUUGCUCCAAUUUUUGUUUGGUUGGGGGACAGAGUCUUGCUCU